GUGAUUCAAUAGGAAGCAUUUGUAAUAGGAUUUCUUUUAUAGUGGCUUAUUCUAUAGAUAUGAACCUGAAUAACAUUUGCGACCAAACUGCUGUGAAAAUGGCAGCAUUUCAGGAAAAGAGGAAAUGUAUUUGGCAUGCUUUUAACGCUUUAGAUGAACAGGGGUUGGGAGUUGUGCCCAAAACUCAACUCAAGGUCUUGACCCACAACAUCUCAAAUUCCCUCGGCUACACUGGCGCCGAGGAACAACUUGAUAUCUACGUCAAAGAUACAUCCGUCUCCAGCAAGGACUAUCUUGAAUUCUUAGCAAUGGUCGUCUUUGAUGCAGUAGAUGUACAAUCUGGGAAUGCAAACUUCAACAAAGUCGAUGACGUCUGCUGGAUGCUGUGCGCGAGAAAGUAUCGCAACAAAGACAAAGAUUCGAUGAAUAUUCGUGACAAGGACGCAUUUAAAUUAUGGAAAGUUUUUAAUCUUUUAGUGGAGUGUAAUGAGAAGAAUGAGUUGAUUCUUCCACUCGCCAUAGACUUUGAGGAAGUUGAGAUUUUGUAUCAGAAACUCAUGCAUUCUCUUGGUAAGGCUUGGGACAGUCAGAACAUAGCACAGGUCCGUCAAAGUUCAGGAAGUGAACCAGCGAAUUAUGCGCCGAAGUCGUGUAGCUUUCAGCUGUUCUUGGAUGCUUUGGAGGUGGGUUACCUUAAGGAUGUGGGAGCAAGCGCUGUGUCGCAUAUUGUUGACAGUCUGUUCAAAGAGAUGAUGGAUGAUGUCAUAAAAAAGGGCUGGCUGACUAAGAAAGGUCACAUUGUUGGUUCUUGGAAAGAGAGAUGGUUCGUUUUGACCCCCAACUCACUGACUUACUAUACGGGAGAGGAUGAGAGGGAGACGAAGGGUGAGGUGCCCAUUCUAUCAACGUGUAAGAUCGAAGCACUAAAUGACAAAACAGGGGGCAAACCAAACAGGUUUCUACUGGUCUCAGAAAGUCGUCCAUUCGAGUUGAGUACUAAGGAUCUUAAGACAAAGAAUGAAUGGAUCACUGCGCUGCAAGAAGCCAUUGGUCACACAAAGAGGGAAGUUUCGUAUCAGAAGUCUAUGCUUGAGAAGCGUCGGGCUGAACGAGUAGAGAAGAGGAAGCUACUACGUGAGGAGGCCCAGAGGAAGCAAGAGAUGGAGGAGAGACUGAUGAAUCAGGCACAUGAGCUCGAAGCUCAGAAACAGGAAAUCGCAGAUGCCCAGGCCCGGUAUGAAGAGGAGUUGGCCCAUCGAGAAGCUGAGGAAGAGCGGAGGAAAGAACUGGAGGAGAUGCAACUUCAGCUACAGAAGAUGCUGGAAGAUGAGAGACAGGCAAAGAAAGACGAGGAGGUUGUCAGAGCGCUGAAAGAACAACUGUUAGAAGAAGAGCAGCAGGCACGUUUUGAGCUAGAACGAUUGAAGGCUCAACAGGACGAGGUGAUAGAAGCUGAGAAGCAAAGACGAGCAGUGCUAGAGCAGAGUCGACAAGAACAAGAAGCCAUGCUGGAGAAGGAACGACAAAUACGCCAAGAGCAGGCCGCCACCUUGGAACAAGAACGGUCUCGUUUGGAGAAGAUGGAACUAGAACGAAAAGAGGCUGAUGAAGUGCAUGCGGAGCUGGAAAAAUUGAAGGCUGAGCAGGACAGAGUGAUAGAGGCAGAGAGACAGAAGCGGGCAGAGGUGGAGCAAAGUCGGCAGGAGCAGGAAGCCAUGUUGGAGAAAGAGCGCCAAAUUCGCCAAGAGCAGAUGGCAGCCUUGAAUCAAGAACGAUUACAUUUGGAGAAGCUGGAACUUGAACGGAGAGCAGCUGAUGAACGGCUCCAGGAAGCGUCGGUGAAGUUGCUAGAGGCCGAAAAACAAAAGCAAGAACUUGAAGCAAAGGUGCAGGCCAGGAAGGAAAUUGUCAUCACCAGGCUGGCUGGACCGAUCACACCUCAGUUCAAGCAGGCAGCAACACAUCGGGGUGAUGGGGCCUUCCCAAAAGAAUUCCUUAUUGUACAACAGCCUUAGAAAGGCUCUGUGUUGGCCAAAUGAUGGAAUAUUGUUUGGUGCUGUCAUGAAUGGACUUUCUCUCUGCAGUCUGAUUUAGUUUGUGCAAAAUGACCUGUAAAACACAGAUGCGUUUCAUGGUGGAUCUCUCUAUCCCGGACACCCUUUGGAAUUACAAGUGCUGUCCUUAAUAGAGUGAUCUCCUGAUUCAGUUUGUAGAUAGUUGCUGCACAGGUGUGGGCUGCUUGCAUCAUAUUUGCAAUGUGCUGCAACCAGCGUGACAAGAAUCGAAGGUUGUAUAUUCUAUGGUAGAGCGGCAUAGUGUGAUAUAAUGCUGUUGCCUUUAAACGAGAUGGACAAGGCUUGAGGUUUCUUGAAAGAAAGCCGAGGGUCCGGCUGGCUUUUGCUGCUGUAAUAUUGAUAUGUUUUGUGAAUGAGAGAUCGUCACUAAGCAUAGCUCCAAGGUAUAGGGGUUAUGGGGAACUGAUUUUAAAACUGUAUUGCACAGGGAGUAAAAGAAUGACGAUGAUCUUGUUCGGUCAGUGGAUAGAAUGUAACAUUUCUUGGCGUUGAAGUACAUGUCCCACCUUACAGCCGACUUCUCCAACUUCGAUAAGUCUGCCUGCAGAGUAUGAUGGUCAGCCAUGCUUCUGAUUGGCAAGUAGAUAAGCAAGUCAUCAGCAAAAAGGCGGAUUUGAGAUGAUAUUCCUUCAACGAUGUCAUUGAUGUAACAGAGGAAUACGAUGGGGCCAAGGCAGGUUCCGUGUCACCCCUCGACCUUAGCAGCCUUGGACUGUCCUUAGGAUGCUCUUAAUAGAGAGGUUCUACAUUAUAAUUGCAGGGCGCACUAACAAAAACCCUACGUUUGGGCAGUGCUGUAGUCUCACCAUAUCAUUGGAUAAAUACUUUGUUCUGGUUCUGGUUUAUUUAUCAACAAAGUUCCACAAGGGAAUAUAACGUCACUCGGUCGUCGCUACUUUGGUCGGUGAUUUACAUCCCAAAAUAUGCUCAAAUUUACGGUUCCGAUUCAAUAUUUACAUAUCCAUAUUUACAAAAGUCUGAUGUUACUACUUCCUCAAGUAACCCCGCAGCUUGGCCUUAACGCAUGCCAGGUUCUUGGCAGCAACUACAUCUUGUGGUAGGUCGUUCCAUUCGUUUGAUGUUCUGGGUACGAACACGAAUUUAAAAGUAACUACUGAUGCCUGGGUUUUCUGGAAUUGCUGGUCGUGGUGUUGUCUGGCACUGGCUCUUGCCUUUGUUGGGGGGAGGUAUGUUUUAGGGAUGGCAAUCUCUUCAUGGACGACUUUAAAGAGCAUCGCCAACCGGGCCUCUUUCCUUUCGAUGGCUAGUGGGGUCCAAUUCAGUUCCUGGGUCAUCUCCGUUGGUGAGUCAUUCUUUGCUGUAUGGUUUUGCAGUGUCUGUUGUUAAAGACAACACCUUGGGUCUCAGUGGUUUCGGGCAUUUGAGCAUUGUCCUCCACAGGAAACCUAGUAUCCGGUCCGCAGAGCUGGUUGCCUUCUCGAUUAUGCCUCUUCCAUUGGAGAUUGUCGGUAAUGGUAACUCCCAGGUAGACUGUCUCCGUCACUUUGGCUUACGGUGUGUUUAGAUAACUAUGUGUACAGGUAAUUUGUAUAAGUAUAUGUCUGUCCAAGCUGUAGUUGACCAGAUCCUUCAUUCCUUAGCUAUACCGCAAGCGAGUACGUGUGCCAUAGCUUUUGUGUAAUGCAAGCCAAACCCUAUAGUCAAAAGUGUACAGUCCGAAUCACAAUUCCCAUCCCUUAGUGGUACACGCAACCUACGAACGCACAACUCUACUCGCAACCUACGUACAACUCUGUGCGGAGGUUGUACGAAUCCUUUCACACAGCGGUAAAGCAGAGGGAAUGUCAAUUGUGACUGCAGCUCAGUGGGACUAUAGCUAUAGCUAUAAGGAUAUAAAGUCCAUUUGCCUUGUCCAAACAAAAAAACAAGACUUCGGGAAAAUUAGGAGACAUCGAAGUGACCAGAUUGAUGCCACCAAGACUUGCCUUAUUGAUUUUUUUGAUGGAGUUUUCUAGAAUUUUACAUAUUUUUUCUGUUAUAAAUAUCUACGAUUAUGCUUAUAAGAGAAUACCUAUUUACCCAAGUUAAAACUAUAAUCCGAUUAUGAAGUGAGGACUAUAUUACAUGCUUUAAUUAUAUUUCUGUGAAGGACAUUACAUGAGAGAUACAUGUUCUUCGGCUAUAUUAUGUACAUGUAUAUGGGGAUGCUGGCGUGAAGGCUUAGUUUUUUAUCUGCUAACUGCAAUAAAUAAAUAUGCUUAUAGCUCUA